UCUCUCAUUCUCCUCCCACUCACAUUAAAACACAAAACCACUCAAACAAGGGUCCAAGGCCAUCCUCCUCUACAUCUCUGUUUUCCUUCCUGUGAAGUCUUGUGUUUCGUGCGGCAUGGCCAAGGACGUUGAAUCUUCUGAACACAGCCAGUUCUCCGCCAAGGACUACCACGACCCCCCUCCGGCGUCGUUGAUCGACCCCGAUGAAUUAAGCAAGUGGUCCUUCUACAGGGCUCUCAUCGCGGAGUUCAUUGCGACCCUUUUGUUUCUUUACAUUACUGUGUUGACGGUCAUCGGUUACAAACGCCAGACCGAUUCGUCUCAUAACGGUACUGAUUGUGGUGGCGUUGGCCUCCUCGGUAUCGCUUGGGCUUUUGGUGGUAUGAUCUUCAUUCUUGUUUACUGCACGGCUGGUAUCUCUGGAGGACACAUAAACCCAGCUGUGACGUUCGGGCUGUUCUUGGCACGUAAGGUGUCGCUAAUCCGAGCCGUGAUGUACAUAAUAGCUCAAUGCCUGGGCGCAAUCUGCGGGGUCGGGUUGGUCAAGGGUUUUCAGAAGAGUUACUACGUCCGCUACGGUGGUGGGGCGAACGAGCUGGCAGAUGGAUACAGCAAGGGCGUAGGAUUGGCAGCCGAGAUCAUCGGUACCUUCGUCCUCGUCUACACCGUUUUCUCCGCCACUGACCCCAAGAGAAACGCCAGAGACUCACAUGUCCCGGUUUUGGCGCCACUCCCCAUCGGAUUCGCAGUAUUCAUGGUUCACCUGGCCACCAUCCCAAUCACCGGAACCGGCAUCAACCCGGCAAGGAGUCUUGGAGCCGCUGUCAUCUUCAACAAGGACAAGGCUUGGCAUGACCACUGGAUCUUCUGGGUCGGACCCUUCAUUGGAGCUGCCAUCGCAGCGUUCUACCAUCAAUACAUCCUCAGAGCAGCAGCUAUUAAAGCUUUGGGAUCCUUCAGGAGCAACCCCCACGUCUAAAUUUCCAAGAUUAGUUCUGGUUUUUGUCCUUCGUCAAAGUUCGGGAGACAGAUGAAGAUGUACUAAGGACAAUUGGUGGUUUUUACUUUCCAAGAGCAAGUAGUAAUAAUGGAGGAGUUGCGAGUCUGUGUGAAGCUCCCCUUGGCUCUUUUUGUCCUUCUUCCCAACUUUCCUUUUCUUUUUCUUUCAAGCACAAAAGAAAGAAAAGAAAAAAAAAAGAUGGGGAGGAGAAUGAGAGAGGGUUGAGGACCCAAAGAACUGUAGAUAAGAUGUCUUUGGGAGGAAGGGAAUCUUUAGUGUAUCCCUUUUGGUCUUUCUCAGCACUUGCUUCGAAUGUAUCUAAGUGCUUAGUGUUGGUGUAAUUUUUCUUCAUCUUUUCUUUCGUGUAGUCAUGAUGUUUCCAGAAUCCAGAUGAAUGUAGCAACAAGUAAGUGGUUUGAUUGUCUUAGUUUC